GCUAUUUCUAAAUCUCGCUCACGGUUGUCUCUACGGCUGGUUCUUGUACAAAAAUUGUAUUGACUAUUUUUCUAGAACGAAAUCUAAUUUGAUUUUGUUUAAUAUUCACGUGUAUGAGUAUUUAUAACUAUCAGUUCAGUGUGUCAGUAGUACUUAAUUGGUGGAAAUUGUGCGUGCGUAUUUGUGAUAUGACGACGUUAUUUUUAUUACAAUAAAAAUCAUGAAUAUCUUCUUGAAUUUUGCGUCGAUUCUCCUGUAUUUGGUGGCACAAUGUCAGGGGUCUGGAACAGAUAUCGCGCUGGACGCGAAAGCCACACUUCUACAUCGAAUAGACAGUUUAAAUCUUUUAAUAUAUACUUGUCUGUUAACGCUAACUGUUCUCACAAUUUGGGUAUUUAAACAUCGUCGUGUGAGCUGGCUUCACGAAACAGGACUUGCUGUAAUAUAUGGCCUAAUUGUAGGAGCAAUAAUUCGCUAUGCAGCUAGUACAAAUCAAGUUACCUACAUCAAUGUGCACCCUGCACCAGACACAAAGUACAAUCUAUCUGUCCCACCAGACAUGUUACGCCUGCAUUUCCCUGAUAAGAUGCAGGUGUCUUCAGGAGAUGCACCAGUACCAAACAAGACUUAUGCCUAUAGCUUUAGAGGAGAAAUAGUAAAUGUGGAACAAAAUGAGAUAGACCUUAAGGCAACAUUUGAUCCUGAGAUAUUUUUUAAUAUAAUUUUACCUCCUAUUAUAUUCCAUGCUGGAUAUUGUCUUAAAAGGAAAUAUUUCUUCCGUAAUUUGGGAGCGAUAUUAACGUUCGCAAUGGUUGGCACGGCGCUGUCGGCGCUAGUGAUUGGGUCUCUAAUGUACGGCUGCGUGCAACUGAUGCCGGCGUCCCUCGCAUCCAGCUUUACCUUCCUAGACACCUUAUACUUUGGUGCAUUGAUCUCACCCACCGAUCCGCUGACUGUUCUUGCCAUUUUCUCGCAACUUAAGGUGGAUGUUAAUCUGUAUGCAAUGAUAUUCGGGGAAAGUGUUCUCAAUGAUGCAGUGGCUCUUGUACUUAGCGGAGCCAUACAAAACUAUGAGUUGAGGUAUUCAAACGAUGGUGGAUUCGAGAUCACUGCGUUCCUGGGAGCGAUCGGGGACUUUAUUGGAAUCUUCAGCCUAUCGCUGCUUGUUGGAGCUCUCAUGGGAUGCUUGACGGCAUUGAUGACAAAGUUCACCCACGUGCGGGAAUGGCCACUACUGGAGUCGGCGCUUUUCGUCCUCAUGUCCUACGCUGCAUUCCUUAUUGCUGAAGUCUGCGAGUUAACAGGUGUUGUGGCGGUACUAUUCUGUGGUAUCUGCCAAGCUCACUACACCUACAACAAUCUGUCAUCGGAUUCCCGCAACCGCACCAAGCAACUGUUCGAGUUACUCAACUUCUUGGCUGAAAACUUCAUCUUCACUUACAUCGGCGUGUCCAUGUUCACCUUCCCUAAACACCACUUCGACCCGUGGUUCAUCAUCGCCGGAUUUGUAACUUCAGUUCUAGGUCGCGCCGUCAACAUCUAUCCACUAUCGUUCCUACUCAAUCUUGGACGAAAACCACCGAUACCGAUGAAUUUCCAACACAUGCUAUUCUUCUCUGGUUUACGAGGAGCGAUGUCUUUCGCGUUAGCUAUACGGAACACUGUGUCGGAAGCUCGGCAAGCUAUGUUGACGACUACUUCUUUGAUUGUCAUAGCCACAGUAGUACUACAGGGCGGAGCCGCCACACAUGCACUCGCAUAUCUACGUAUACCUACAGGAGAAUCUGGCAGCGACGAAAAUGACGCUCUACCCUACCGAGAUGUGAGAAGCAGAGGCCGCAUGGUAGUUAAGUGGGCUAACGGAGCGAAGGAGGUGAUUAUGCCUUGGGAACUAAACGGUAUCGAAGAUACACCUCGAGAUCGCGGUGAAGGCUCUACUGGACAGAAAGCUCGCCUCGCUCGACUGUGGGGUGCAGUUGACUCAAAACUCCUGAAGCCAUUACUUACUCACGCUCGGCCGCCACUCACCGAGACUUUACCAGCAUUCAUGAGACCUUUGGCUAGAGUUCUCACUACCACUCAUCAGUAUACGCAAGGGGAUAAUUCACUGCGUAGAACCGACUCUGACUCCGACCUCUGCAUCGACGAACAACAUCCCGUCCCAACGAGUAUUGACCCACAGCUAUCGAUUAACGUUCGGAAUGGAUAUGGGCAUGUUUGAGCUUUGUAGCGUUAGUGAUCCACGGCUGUGAUAUAUAAUUUGCUCUAAUAGCAUAUAGUAAAAUUUAUAAUUAAUAGAAAAUUCCUUUUUAAUUAUUGCACGCAGCAAUUAUGGCCAGGACUAGUGGACACGAGGAUUUCUGUGGAAGGUAUUACUGGUAGUAACAUCUAAAUUUGUAUUGAAUACUAUUAUAAAUUGAGUGCCACAAAUUUUAUAUAAUUAUAAUGACUUUACUGCGCAAAAUGAGAUUUUAACUGUUUAUAAAUUACACUUUCGACACGCGUAGUCAUGUUAUCUAUUUGCCACCUUAUGUUCAAUGGAGUCUUUGCCUUAUCUGAAGACUAUAAACAGUUAAAAUGUUAGUAAGUUGGUGUUGUUAUGGCCAGUGUGUGCUUAAAUCGUAAUGUCUACACGAAAUCACUAUCUGGAUUUAUAAUGAAUUUGUAUUUUAAUGUGAUAAUGAUGAGAAGUGAGCGUGAGAUCUGAUCAUACACUAUUAAGAAUUCAUGGCUGCAAUGCAAAUAAUUAUAAAGUUGUAGGCUCGGGAGUCGUGUACUAAGCACUCCCGAUUUAGGUAAUGCAGUUAAUUUUAAUUGUAGUUAUACAUUAUUUCUUUCUUAAUAGACAAAAAUCUCGUUUUGGACUUUCCUCCGCGUGGUAUUAGCACGUCCUAAUGUAGCAAUAGCAUUAUUUCAUUUCACCAAAAUGUACACCAACCUUUUAAGAAAAAUAACGUUAGCGUGAUUGCAAUAGUUGCCUUUUUACGAACUCUUCUCUUAAAACCAUUUUCAUGUUAAACGAUCUAGUCUACUAUUAUGUACCUACUUACUGAUUAUUAUUAAACGAAUAUCGUGCUUGUUUAAGGACAUUUGAUUGCGAUCUUUUUGUUGACCAUCAAAUGGAAGAUUUAUUUUAUGUUGCUGGGAAAGGGUAGUUAGUAUUUAAUCAUGCGAGUUUCAAUUGACUUGUUAUUUUACGUAUGCGUCCAUGAUUAUAAUGUUAUAAUGAAAUUAUUACUCAUAAAGUGGUUUUAAAAACCUUAUCCUUAUUUUCUAAUAUUAGAUUUGUAAAAUGAACUAAAAAAAUUUCAGUUGCCAACUUACAAAAAAAAAACAUAUGUCUGCAUCAAGUUAAUUUCAUAAGCUAUUUUACCCUUGUAUUAUUGCAAAUGAUACUAUUAGUAGUAUGUAUUCAUAAAGUAUUUUCGCGACGCAUGAAUACCUCAUUAUUUCAGUACUUUUAGUAACAAAAAUUAAGGGUAUGGAACUCUUUUGUAUGUAACUGUACAUUCUUCAAAUUGAGCAUUUCAUAUUUAUAAAAAUAUAUUUUUUCAAUAACAUCUUUCAAACUGCUUGUAAUGUCUCAUAUCAUAUGUAUUACCUACAUAGACAUAGUAUUUUACUAAUAAAUAAUUUGAUCUCAAGCUGUCAAGAUUAAAAUGGCUAGAAAAUAGAAUUUUCCAUAAAUUUUUAUACCCACUGAAUAUUACAAAUGUCCUCAUCAGUUGUGUUUGUGUAAAGUUAAUCUGCUUGGUUUUAAAAACUUGGCAAAUUGAAUUUCUUUAUGUGUAUUAAAACUCUGAA